AUGAACUCUUUCAUCAUUACUCUUCUUCUCGCCCUCUGCGCCAUCGCCCUCGCCGCCCCGCAGGGAUUCAUCCAGAAGACCACCAUCAUUGAGAAUGGACCUGGAGGACGUUUCGGAGGUGGCCCAGGACAAUUCGGACGUGGAGGAUUCCAAGAUGGACCAGGAGGAAACUACGGACCAGGAGGAGCACGUGGAUUCGGAGGAGGCCCAGGAGGAAACUAUGGACCAGGAGGUAACUUCGGCGGUCAAGGUGGUAACUACGGACCAGGAGGAGGUAACUUCGGACAAGGAGGAUUCGGAGGACGUGGAGGACCAACCACCAUCAUUAAGGAGACCGUCAUCCGCGGUUAA